GAUGAGUGCUCCCCAACUAAAACUCAACCCCAGCAAAACAGAACUGCUGGUCAUCCUAGGGGUGUAAACCUUUCAGAAAGCGAAGCAGAGUAAGAUGGCGAACACAACAUCACUGAGCUGCCUCAGGUCUACUCAGGUCGUGGGAACAUGAGGGCACAGCAGAGCGCUGUCUGCCUUACUGAGAUUGGUCCCAGAAUGACCCUGCAGCUGGUGAAGAUAGUUGAAGGCAUGGGAGAGGGGAACGUGCUUUAUCAUUCGAUCAUGACGAAGAGCGAGGAGGAGAUUCGGGAGAUCCUGAAGAGGAAGGAGGCUCGUCUGCAGGAGAAAGCAGAACGCAGAAGGAUGCAGGAGCAAAACAUAGCCUUUAAGGAUGAAAAACGAGAAGAGAACAAUACCCUGAAGGGCAUGAAGAGGAAAUGGCAGAAGGAAGAAGCUGCAUCUGAUGACAGUGAAGUCGAGGAUACUGGGAUGCAGGAGGACCAGCCUGAGGCUGAGGAGUCUGAAGACGAGGCAGAGUAUUACAGGCAGGCCGUCUGGGAGGAACCCGAUGAAGGUAUCACUCAUACACACUCCCUUUUUAAUCACGUUGCAUCCAUUUCUAAAUUUUCUAUACACAUUUCUGGACAUUUUGUAGAUUUUUAUAAAGGUAUCACUAGAUACAAGCAACUUUAAUUUUGGUCCAUACACUUCCCCAUUCCCUGCACAUACAUACACUCUGAUGUUGUUAAAAAUAAUAAAUUUAACAUUUCUUUCUACGUAAAUGCAAAAAGGUCAGUCAGUUGCUUUGCAGUAAUAAAUGCUGAUGGGCAAUUUGACUAUAAUAUUGAUGUUGCUAUACAAUUUUUUGCAUGCUAAUUGGAAGUAGCUGAGUAAAUGUUACAGCUCGUAUGGUUAAAAAAAACUUAGUACCAAUAUAUUUCUUCCUUUUACAGAAUUUCAGAUGUAUUUUACUACUGCAUUAUUGCCUUUCCAUAGCAAACCUAUUGUGUUUAAGUCAUUAUGAAAGAAUUGGUAUUGUUGUGUCCUGCAAGUAGUGUAUAAGGAAUGUGUGUGUCUAUGUUUGUGUAGAUUAAACAUAGUCAUAGGCUUUAUGACAAGUGGCCCAUCUAAUCUAUAAAGGGCUGCUUUCAUUCCAACCAAUUAGAAUCGACGCCUGAUGUGCUAUUUAAAGACCGUCACCUCUUUAGUCAGGUGAAAUUCUGCUCAGUUGGCCCUUUUAUAGAUAAGACAGGACACACAUUUUUUGGAGAAAUAGCAUCACAAGCUUGUGACACUUGUACGGCCUGCCAUCUGAUUGUUUUAAUAUAUUUUUUCAGACAUGUUCCCUUCUUUAAAGAGGAAACAUGGCCCAGACACGUCUUUCUUUGCCAGGGAGAUACAUCUUUUAUAGAAUUAAUAAAA